GAACAAACCGACCCUUCUUUUUUUUACUUCUCUCUGUGUGAGCACAGCUGCCAGCAGCGGGCUGAGAUCUGUACUUUCCAGGAGCAGCGACAGCGCCAUGGGUCUGUUCAGCUUUCUGAGUGCCAUCAUCACCAGAGCUUUGUUCAUCCUGCUUUCACUGGUCGCAGUCUGGAGGGUGAUAUGGGUCAAAAAACAUCCAUACUACUGGCUGCUGACUUUGCUCUUUCUGCCACUUGUUGUUGAAAUGAUAAUAACACUGAGGAAGCGAAAAGGACUGGACUACAAAUGGUUUUCUCCCACAAUUUUUCUGUUUCUCAUUAGUAUCAUUCCCUCCAUCUGGAUCCUGGAGCUCCACCACCAGCAGAACAGAAAGCAGGAUGGCAAGUGCAAUUAUGAGUUUUUCACUGGCAUGAAUGAAUCAUCAGGAAACAGCACAAUAAGUGAUAGUUUGAAGAGACUUCAUCAUGUGUUGUCAAAUUUCUGCCAGGACAGCUGGAUCCUUGCUCUUCAUCAGAUUCUGCUCAUCCUUCUCAUCAUAGGGAAGUGGCUUCUCCCUUUAGGAGGCGGGAUCACGAGAGAUCAGCUCUCUCAGCUUCUGCUCAUUUUAGUUGGCACGGCGGCGGACAUCCUCGAGUUUAACAGUGAGACGCUGGCCGAUGUAAAAGAGAACAGUCGCGAGCUGGUUUACGUCAUUUUAGGUGUCUGGACUUGGAGCAUGCUGCAGUUCCCCUGUCAUCUGUGUGUGGUGGGGCCAAUGACCGACCAGGCAGCGGAUGAGAGCGUCCAGGGAGACUCCCUCUGGUCCAAUCGCAGCACCGACCUGUGGAGCAUCGUGGAGACGCUGUUUAUCCACGACGGUCCCUUCCUGGUGGUCCGGCUCAUUGUCAUGAUACAUUUUGGUACUUUUCACCAAAUGCUUGUUUUCUUUGCCUUUAAAAACUUCCUGGUUGUCAUCCUGAAUAUGUACAGGCUGUGUGUUUUAUACCAUGACUUUAAGUCGUCCGUGCACAGCCCAGUGGGGGACAGAGCAGACUGAAGAGUCUGAUGAGUCAUCGCUGAGAUGGGUUAGAGACAAGGAAAAUAUCAGAUGUCAGACCUAAGAUGCUGCAAAGAUACAAGACUUGUGAAAAUUUCAUGUGAAGCAGGAAAAGAAGUGUUUAAUGUUAUUUUGAUCCAAAAGAACGACGAGUUCACAACAGAAUCUCUGACCUCAUUCAUUUUGUAAUCAAAGGACAUUGUUGUUUGGAUGACUGAUAUUUGGUCAUAACAUUUCUUCAUAGACCUUUGGAGAGUUUAUUUCCCUUUAAGUGAUGCCACAUUUAUCAGAAAAACAAGUUCUUGGGUCAAAGCAGCCGAGUCUACCCAUUAAAAACCGCCAGUAUCCAAAAGCUUAUUCUGCUCUUGACUGGUGUUUUUUGUUUAUUAUUGAACUAGAUGACAAAAAAAAACAAGAAAUAUUUGCAAUUCAGCAAUGUAUUUUUUUAUUUUUUUUACAUUGAAGAAUUGCACACAACCACAACAGUCACAAUGCAGUGGGAUGCCAAUCUAUUCUUUAACUAAUUUAGUUUGGGAUAUCAUGAAAUGCUCUCCAUUCCCAAACAUUUGAGACAGUGUCAUGUCGCCUGGGCCAAACUUUAAACUGGACUUACAGUGGCAGUAGCCCAGGGCCACAUUUUUUGGGAGGGAGGCCUCGAUUUCUCUCUUUUUUUUCUUUUUUUAAAUUAAGGCAUGUUCUGCAGACAUUAUACUUAAAACAUCAUGAAUUUAUAGCAAUUUAUAAUAUGGAGCAACUGGACCUUUUAAAGCUACCACCCCAGUCAGCUCCCUACUGGAGGGCAAGGUACUGCGCCUGAGUGCAGUUGACCCUCCCUGAAAGGUUAAAGGUCAAAAGAUCAACCAACCCCUUCACCCCCCACUUUCAUAACAUCAAACAAAAUUGGUGUCAGUCAACUCGGCUACAUUUGUGCUGGUGUGUGCAGCAAAACUUUUUGUUUGUUCCGCCAUCAUUCUAAAGAGAUUAAGAAAAAUGUCUUCUAAGGGUCAUCAGAGGUCAAACACUCCCCUGCCACCGCUCACAUUUAAAUUUAUUUAUUUAUUUCCACAAAUCAGCUAGGUCGGUGCUUGUUUGUGCAACAAACAUUGUCAUUUGUGCUGCUUUGGCUUUGAAGAUAUCCACGAAGGUUUAAUCUUUCAUUGAUAUCUUCAGAGCCAAAGCAGCACAAACGAAAAUUUUUGCUGCACAAACCACCACAGAUCUAGUCGAGUUGAUUGACACCAAAUUUAUUUAUUUUUGCAAAUGUGAGCGGGGCCUGAGGAGUGUUUGACCUCUGAUGACCCCUAGCGAACAUUUUUCUUAGUAUCUUUAGAACGAUAGGGGCACAAACGAAGAUUUUUGUUGCACAAACGUAGCACAAAUGUUUGACACCAAUUUUGUCUGAUUUGAAGAAGGUGGGGGGAGGGCAACUUCACUCAGGUUGAUAAAGAAAAGAAAAAGGGACGCAGUGCUUUGCUACUAAUUGUCAACACUAUGACAAGUAGUUUAAAAAAAAAUUGCGAGGGAGAGGGACGUAGGUCAUUAAUGAUAGCUUGACUUUGAGAACCGUCACAUUAAGAUGUGCUGUGGAAUUCGAUGUGUUUUGAUUCAGUUAAAAAAAAAAACAACUCUGACAGAUCGUCAGAAGAGCAGGUGUUUAGAUGAGCUAAUCAAACCACCGCUGUCCUACCACAAGGAUAGUUCGCAUUAAUAAUCGCGAAAUAAAAAUUGAAACCUGAAAACAUGAAACUGUAACGUACUGCAUGUUCUUUUCUUUUUGUGGGAAGUGUUUGCAUGUUUUUGGUCUUGAUUCCCAGUACAUUUGUGGCGUUGUUGUCAGUUGCUACAACAACGCCUGUGUGUAGGGCUCCUGACACAGAGAGAGAAAAAACUAGUGUGUUUUAGUUAUUCUUCAACUGGUUUUCUACAUUAUUUGUCCCUUUGCUGAGGCAGACAGCACUAAAUUAAUAACACCUACAUCUCCAGAUUUUAUUUAGUUAGCGCAUGGCAUGUAAAAGAAUUAUCUUUUUGCCCUCAUUGUGGGCAUGCAAGAGAUUUCCAGAUGUAAACAAUAACAUUCAACAUGUCUAUAAAAUUAACUAGUACUGUACAUGCAUUAGCAAAAUAAUUUUUCUUUAGUGGAUAGAUCACCAAAAUGGUUUCCAGCUCAGAGGCCUACAUCCCUGUAAAUCUGGAACUGCGUGUCACUUGUAUUCUCAAUUUACGUAAUAUUCAGGUUUUAAAAGGUGUUUUUUAAUAAUUAAAAUGAACAUAAAUAAAUGCUUCAAGCAUAUCACUCUGUGUGUAGAAUAGAAAGACGUAGAUAAUAAUGUCUGUACUCCUUACCUUUAAUUUUUACCAUUAAGUGAAGCAACAUCUGAACCAAAACUGCACUAAAAUCGAUCGUUUGUUUAAGAGUCAUGUCUGGUGUUUUUUUUAAAAAAAAAACAUUUGGUGUUAUUUUCUUCGUUGCAAUUUUAAUUAAGUAUUUCUGAUGGGUUUAUUUUAUUAUUUAACACAGGUCAUUAUAUUCUCUUGAAGUAUUAUGUUAAACAUUUCUGAAUGUUUUGAGGCAUUUGCUGCCACGUUUUACUCUAACAUUCAACUUUGCAUGACUGUGAAUGUAGACAAACUGAACGUAACCUUGCAGCGUGUUUGUUGUAAUCUCAUGUUACUCCUGCAUUUUUGAAGUACUGUAAGCAGGUGAACUGCCAGAACCUGGUGAUGAAGUUUUUUUGUAAAGCGAUCUUGCUUCUUGUCCUUGGUAAUGAAAUGUAUAAAUUGCAUUUCAUUUGAUUGUCACUAGAUGUCCUCAGUUGUCUUUAUCUGGUUUCAUGAUCUUCACCGUCAGCACUUCCUUUUUCAUUCUAGCACUAUUGGCACUAUUACUCUGCCAUAUCUUGCUUGCUUUCUUAUCAGUUCUUUAUUGUUACCCUCUUUGCGCUUGCCUAACCUAACCUUGUUCUGAAUUUUAUAUAUUUUUUUGUUGUUGUUGCUUUGUUUUAUAUUAGACCAGUCAGAUUUUCUUUCUCUUUAUCAAGGUUUUGUUUGUUUGGCGUUUAAUUUUUUUGUAGCUUCCUGGGUUUUCAUCUGUGUUUACUACACUAUGUUGCCUGUUAUCUCUCUGCUUUAUAUUUAGUCUUCCAUUCUGGUCAUGUAUCUAUUAAUCUGACCAUGCACACUUAAAUAAACGUCUUCUUUCUAAAUAAAUUUGAGAUAAUUUGA